AUGGCGACCGAAUUAGCAAUCGACACAGAGAGAACCCAGAAAUUCUUCAACGACCUCGACGCUCAAAAGACCAUUCUAUCCUCCUGUACCCAACUAUUCACAUCCUUAACCACUCACUUCAAUUCCCUCAAAAACUCCCUCUCCCAGAAAUCCCAAUCCCUGGAUUCUAAAUUCCAAUCUUUAGAAUCCGAUUCCCACCAAACCCUGGAAUCCCUUUCUCGUAGAGAAAACUCCAUCCCGGAACGUGAGUCAGCUGCUGCUGCCAAAGUCGAGGAGCAAAGAGAGACCGCGUUAUUGGAGUUCCAAAAGUCCCAUUCUUUUGAUAAUUUAUCUGAUUCUUUAAAGUCUUUGUGUAGGAGAAUGGAUUCAUCUGGGUUGUUAAGAUUUGUGGUUUCAAAGCGGAAGGAAUCAGUGUCGCUUCGAGCCGAGAUUUCACGUGCGAUAAUGGAAGCUGUGGAUCCUGCUAGAUUGAUUUUGGAUGCAGUGGAGGAGUUAGUGAGAGAUAAAAUCGAGAAAGUUGGGGUUACGGAUAAGAGGUGGGCAUGCGGAAUGCUGGUGCAGGCGCUUUUCCCGGAAGGCAGUUGUUUUGGAAGGAAGGAUAAAGGACCGGAAUUCGCACGGAGCGUAGUGGAGAGGGCUGCUGGGAUUUUGGAGAGAUGGAAUAAGGGGAAGGAGGACGAGGAAGAGGAGAAGGCUGACAGGGAGGAUGGUGGUAGUGGUAGGGGUGGUGGUGGAGUCGUGGGGCCUGCAGAGGCGGUAAUGUUUUUGCAGAUGGUGGUGGGGUUUGGGUUGAAGUCGAGGUUUGAUGAGGAGUUCUUGAGGAAGCUUGUGGAAGAGCAUGCAGCAAGGAGGGAUAUGGCGAAGCUUGCAGCUGCUAUUGGUUUCGGAGGGAAAAUGGGAGAGAUAAUUGAUGAAUUGGUGAAGAAUGGGAAAGAGAUAGAGGCUGUAUAUUUUGCUUCUGAAUGUGGUUUGACUGAAAGAUUUUCUCCUGUAUCUUUGCUCAAGUCGUAUCUUAAGAAUUCCAAGAAGAAUACAACAACUGUCUUGAAGAAUGGCAAUUAUAGUGCAGCUGCAACAGACGAGUCAAAUACCUUGGAGUUUAAUGCUAUUAAAGCUAUCAUCAAAUGUGUUGAAGAUCACAAGCUUGAAUCAGAGUUUUCCCUCGACAGCUUGAGAAAACGGGCUUCUCUGCUGGAAAAAGCCAAGGCAGAGAGGAAGAAGGGUUCGUCAGCUGCUGCUGCUACCAAGCCUCAAAAUAAGCGAGGUCAUGGUUCAAGUGGUGGCAGGGGCAGUGGACCUCCUCCUUACCGUCCAGCCAAAGCUGCCAAAUUUUCAAGCAAUUACUCCUCUUUUGGCCGCCGGAAUGCUGCUCACCCUGCACAGCAUAGUCCAGCUAGAAGAUAUUCUGGGCCAUACAACUACCCUAACCAGACUGUCUACGAGGGCCCCACAGCAGCCCCUUAUGCAUCUAGUUAUGGUAUCUCCCACGCUCGAAGUCCUACUGCAAUUCCCCAACAACACUACCCCAACACUCAAAGCCCCAGUGCAAUUCCUCAACAACUCUACUCACAGCCAGUGGACAACAUGAGUGCUGCUGGUUUUCGUGCCAGUAGUUCUUAUGGAAGCCAGACCAGUUAUGGUCCAUACGAUUACAACUCUGCUGGGCCUCCUGCUUACCAGCCUUCACCAUACACUCAAUAG